UCGCUCUAGCCCGCAGAGGGAGCUGUGAGUUGUCUUGGCUACCUUCUAGGCUGCGGGGGUGGGUGGGUGGGGGAGCCGACACCACCUCGUUUUUAGUGUGUCCGCCAUGGAGGUGGCUCGUAAAGCACUGGUAGUAGUUGCAGUGCUAGGCGCGGGAGCUGGCGUGGGUUCUGUUCUGUUUGCUCUUGUGACCCCAGGAGAACUACAGAAGCAGUCGAUGCUGCAGGUAGAAACAGCCGGACUUGCCGAGGAGAUGCCGGAAAGGGACUCGCGGCGCAGGGACGAAGCGGUCAGGACCACGGAACUGGUGAUGGCUACCCUGAAGGACGCCGCAGCCACGAAGGAGAACGUGGCCUGGAGGAGAAACUGGACAGUUAGCGGCAGGUCAGCAUGACACCAGAGCUCGCUCAUGGUCGUGGGAACCUGAAAGGCGCCUUUCUUGGUGCUCCGGAGUCGGGAUUCAGGAGUCACACUAGGACUCUCUCCAAGGCACUGAGAGCUACGGUUGGGGGAACGCGUUUAAUGAGCACAUCACGUGACAGGAUCGGAUGUGUGGACCCAAUGGAACUAAUAAAUGCAGUUCAUCCUUUGAGUAGAUUUCGCAGCUGGACAUCUAAUGCUUAGAGUUGCGGGAGAUGGAGCAGUGGGCGGGGAAGACCUAGGCAGCUGCAUGCUACCCUACCCCUGGAAAGUUCUUAAGUCCAAUAAGUUUUUUGACUAUUCAAAAUGGGUCACGUGGUCUAAGUUUGCUUGUGCAACCGUCCGUAAAAAGACUUUAAGAAAAAAAAAGUCUGGGAUUCUCGAAAAAUCAAAAAAAAACAAAAACAAAAACAAACAAAACAAAACUAGGAUUUGCCUUAUGGAAAGAAUUGAGGAGACAGCAGGCAAAUCACCUGGAGUCCAGAGAUCCAGCUCAGGACUAAAACAAAGAUCACUGGGAUUUUGACUGGGAGGUAGCCAGAUUAUUUGAAAGGAUUAAAAUAGUAUAGUA